AGUGUAUCGCUGAUACUCGAGUCAUGAAGAUGUAUAUGACAAUAGUUUUUCUCGUUGCAUCCACUGUCCUAGUGCAGGGGAUUCCCGUGCCGGAUAAGACCUUCCAGGAAAGGGCUCAGGAGGCUUUGGAUAGUGUGAAGGAAAAAGCAGGAGAAGCCUGGGACUACGCUCAGGAUGUGGCAAAUAGAGCUGUGGAGUCAGCAAAGUCAACGGUUCAGGAGGCAUUGGGAACAGCUCAGGAGACUUCCAAACAGGGACUUGCCAAUGGACAAGACUUGGUCGAGCAAGCCAAACAUUAUAUGCAGAAUAUCACGAUGGGUUCCAUAUUCGAUGAUAUAUACCCUUGAUAAUUUAUCACUGAAUUUCGCGAUAAUUUCGAUGGGAACAGAAAGAUUUGAAUUUGUUUCUUAAUUCUUGGAAUUCCAAUGAAAUUCGUUGAAUUCUAAGAUUUUUUUUGGAAAAGUGUAACGAUGGUACCGAUUGUAAUUAAAUUAUUUUUCUCAUAGUUUUAUGAUCAGCUGUUGUUGAAAUUGUCUUUUCAUACAAGUAAGUAAAGAAUGACAGAUUUUCAAAAGACUUGCAGCAUUUUUUUUUAAAAACGAAGUAGUUUGCAAGUGAAAAAAAUAUAAAAAGUCGAAAUAAAUUGAUAAAUCCGAUAAUUCCUCAAUCUAUUCGAAUUUUCCACGAAUCGUGAGUGAUUCCCGUAUUUAGCCUGUCCAAAAAAUGUGAGAAUUGUCGAAUUUGGGCGCUAUAGCAGCCUCUCUAAAACCUCGUCGGCAAUGAUUCUUCCCACAAAAAUAAAAACGAACGAAAAAUGGAAUUUGAAUUGUACCCCAGCGUUUCAGCCAGCGCCCCAUAUCAAAGGGCUGUAAAAUAUAAUUGGCGCAAUUAAGCGUAUAGUGACCCUCUUGUAGAUUAAAGAGUCCGUGUAAUAUGGACAGGUGUACAUGAUGUGAGCAAAAGUCUCUCGACGACAAAUUUCUCGGGGGUUUGGGUGAGGGUGUGGAAGGGUGUGUACUUGAAGCCGGUGGCUAUUAAGUCUGGGGUUGAGAAGGGACGUAGACGCGACACCGGCUCCAGUGGUAUGAGGGACUUGUGCGCAAGUUGAAGCCAUGGGGUAAAAAGCCCUUCGAAAUAUACCUAUAUAGGUGUUUCGUUUGCUAGGUAACUGUGGUAUGGGCUUGUGCCUGCAAAGCGCAGUCUCGUUAAAAAUGUACGCGUGACAAGCUCCUUUACUGGGCGCGAUUCAAGCGCGUGCACUGCUUUAUACUUGAAACUCGUUAGUAAUUGAAUACCGCAGCAGGUCUCCAGUGUAUGUAGGUGUGCGCCCGAGACAAUAUCCCUGUGUCGCUAACCCAUGCAAAAUGAAACGUGAUACAUUUCAUUUUUUUCAUCCCUUUUUCUCCCUCUGCAACUUAAAAAAAAAAUAUUCAAAAAAAGUAACUCGUCUUUUGUACUCGGGGUGGAAUUGUUGGGAUUCUGCCCAUUUGUUGGAGCAUUUAACGUAAUAAUACGUGGUUAGCUUUUUCUUACCAAAAUAAAUCAUUUUCACCGCGGAUACUACUAGAGAUUUCCCGGAAAAUCGGGGACUUGAUCACGGUUUUGCGUUUUUUAAAAAUAAUGGUAAAACUCAGAGAAAUAGCGAAAUUGUUAUUAAAAUCACAUUUUCAGAGUGAAUUGAGAGCCUCAAAUAGGUCUUCACAAAAAUUUCCCUAUCUCGCUCGAGUCCUGAGAUAGUCCUCGACUCCUCGAGAACUCACCCUUUCGCACUUUGCCCCUGAUAUAUUCCUCAAAAUAGAUUUUCCCUUGGUGUCACUGUGUCUCCGACGGAGAAGACGAAUUGGCCCUUUGUCUUCCAUCUUUUGCUCUAUUUCCACCAAGAAUUCCAGUAAGAACCGAAGCUAUCGAUCAGUUUCACUCCGAUUUUUACGUAAUUUCCACUUCAAUUUGUCCCUCACGUAUCUGCGAUCUCCCCUUUGUUUCCACUCCUAUUUUAUUUCUCAACCCGAAGAACAACAAGUCCAUCACAACGGGAAUAGUAAAAAAAAAAAGUGGUAGAGACAACGCCUAUUUUAAAAACGCAAUCACUCACGAUAUUACUGUCUAGGAAUAGGUGUAUUUUAUGGGAGUAAAAAAGGAUGAACGGCGUGGGUUAGGAUUCAUAAUUUUAUGGCAAUUUUCCAGAGUCAUAUAUUUUUCGAUGAGUCACGAUAUAUAUCAGUCUCGGUGUAAGCCCGGAACGGGAAACCGUCAAUCGUAUGGGCGAGGUACUAACAUAUUGCUGGGUACCUAUAUACCUGCGAGCUAUCGCAUGAAUAAAAAAAUCGUAAAUAAUCGAACGGCUUCAUCUGUAAUUUCUCCAGAGGACCGUCGAUACGUUGAUCUUUCAUAUCUUCAUGGGAGAAUGAAAUAAUCCUUUCCUUCAGAUAUUUUUUGAAAUACCUAUAAGCUUAUUACCAACACAGGAGUAAACUCUUUGAAGACUGACAAAUUAUUCCACUUCGUAAACAGCUCGAAGAGUUUUAAAUAUCCGAAACAGAAUAUAAAGAGGGAAUUUAAGAGUUCCCUUUGAUUGCAGAAAUUCUCCGUUGAAAUGUUCUCACUUCUUUUUUCCGUUUCGGAGUCGAUUCAGAUACAAUUUUCCGUUUUCAAGUUGAUUUAGGGGAAAAUGCGUUUUUAAUUUUUAGUAGUACAAUUUUUUUUUUUAAACAAUCCGGCAUUCCCUUUCCUUCUGCAACAAAAUCAAAUUUGAGGUUUUUAAAUCUAAAGAAGCAAUAGAAAUAUAGAGAACACUGGAGGAUAAGUCAUGAAGCUCAAAAUAAUUAGUUAAUGGUCAGAAAUUUAUUUAGCGCGCGUCGUAUCGGCUCUAACUUCAAGCGUUUCAUUGACCAAUCAGAAUCGAGAAUUACUGCGCAGGCAAUUUCAAGUGAUUCCACUCUGAAGCAACUUCACAUUCUACAUCAUCUUUUACGGACGGUAUUUUUUUAGAGUACUCGUGCAAUCACGGAGUUAUUCGAAUACAUUCCACGGAGUUUUUAUUUCUCUGAGUUUGAUGGUUAUGUGUCGUUCGAUUGAGAGACAUUUUGAUAGCACAGCAACGAGAAUAAACACGUGGGUGUGGACUCUCGCUGGUGUUAUAAAGCCAGUAACGUAUUUGUGGGUGGGAUCUAUAAUUCAUGUAAUCAAUUGGUCGGAGGCUGGGGACUGUAACUUUAACCGGAAAAUACGCUUUUACGAGUGUCGAGAACCACUGGAGUUUCAUUCAGAAAGGGAAUGUCUGCGGCAAGUGGUAGGAUACUGUGUAAUUGAAACGUUAAUCCGUGUGCCAAUGAAUUAAUUCCACUUCACAGGUCAAAUGUGGAAUAUUGCCGGUAAAAAUGAAAAUUUAUGUAAAAACUCAAGAACAAUAUCUGUUUAAUCUCAUGUUAUUUUUCAAAUUAUGAAAAAUGAAUUCAUACCGGAGUGGAAAUUUUUUCGUGGAUAGUAUGAAAAGUUUAAUGAAUGGGUGAGCUCGAAUAUUCGACUUCAUUUUGGUAAUUCGUCGACGGAAUGGUGACGGAUGAGUAUUUUAUGUGACCUGAAUGUGAAUGAGAGCUUUUAAUCCGCAGUAAUCUAAUUGUAAUCAUGUGUUAAUCGAAUUUAAUAUUCGAAAAACAUUGGAUAGUGAAAAUGUCACAACUGCUCUUUUCGUUUUUAGUAUUACAUCCAAGCUUUCGAUUUCCUCUCAUUUUUCUAUUUUUUAUUGACAAGAAGAACAGAAUGAAUUGAUUUUUUGAGAGAUCGAAUAAAAAUACAAAAAUGGAAAUGGAGGAAUGUUAUCAAAUAUUCAACUCCAUUUUGUAUAUUCGUUGAUGAAAAAGUGAUGAAUGAAAUUUGGGUGUUCCCGGAAAGUGUACAGAACCUUUUAAUCCAUAAAACAAAAAAAAAGGUGAAACGAUUUAAAGUAUGAAAAAACAAUGAAGAAACAGCUUUUAUUGUAAAAAAAGAGGAGCUUUAAAUUUUAAUGAGAGAAUUCACCUCCCACCUCCUCAACUCCUGACAUUUUUAUUCUUUUUGCAAGAAGAAAAACAAUGAAUUUAACACCGAAAAAUGUAAAUGGACGACUGCAUUCAAAUGGUCAACUCCACUUUGCAAAUUCGUUCAUAAAAAAAUGAUGAAUGAGACUUCGAAGUCACCGGAAAGUGAAUAAAACCUUUUAAUCCAUAACAA